GUAAUUUGUGUUAUACCAAAAUUCUGCCAUGGGAAGCCAGGUACGCCACUUGCGAGGAGAAUCAUGCACAUAGCAACGAAGAAACAUCUCUAAGCAUUGGUUAACUCGUUCACUUUGCCCAUCUGUUUGGGGGUGAUAUGCGGUGGUAAACUGAAGUUUGGUGCCCACAUACUGGUGAAGAUCACGCCAAAACAAGCUGGUGAAUAUCUUAUCGCGAUCUGAAGUGAUAGUUCCAGGAAUGCCAUGUAGCUUGAAGAUGUAAUCAAUGAAGAUUUUGGCAACCUGGGGAGCAUUGAAAGGGUGCUUCAGGGGCACGAAAUGUGCGUACUUGGAAAACCUGUCCACGGCCCCUUCAGACAUGGGUAAGCCCUCUAUGAAGUCCAUGGUGAGGUCUUUCCAGGGUCUUGAUGGAACAGGUAAAGGUUGAAGCAAUCCAGGGGAAGCACAAUGCUCAUGUUUGGCCAUUUGACAAACUGCACACUGCUUGACAUGAUUUUCCACUGCCAGUUUUAAGCCAUGCCAUGCAAAUAGACGUUUCACGCGCUGGUACGUGGCUUUAAUGCCUGAAUGACCCCCAACUGCCCCCGAGUGAAAUGCUGCAAUUAACUUAGUUUGGAGGGCUGAGUUGCAACCGAUCCAGAUACGCCCGCCCUUCCGGAUGAGGCCGUCAUGCAGGGUAAAACCAUUUUCAUUGGGAGAUUUCACUGCCAAUGCAGCCAAUUUCUCCUGAGCAGCUGCAUCUGUCGUGUAGGAGUUGAGAACCUCCUGAAUCCAAGAAGGCUGGACUGUCGAGACAGUGCGCAUUGCUAGUAGCUGUGCAACACGGGACAAAGAAUCAGCAGCCAGAUUUUCAGCUCCCUUCCGAUACACGAUCUUGAACUGGAGACCCAUCAAUUUGGUCAUAGCUUUACGUUGCAUUGUGGAGUCUAGCUGUUGAGCAUCCAAAUAAGUCAAACUGUGGUGGUUUGUCUUUAUAAUAAAUUCUUUGCGUUGCAAAUACUGACGCCACUUGUCCACCGCCAAAAUCAAAGCCAAAAAUUCCUUUUCAUAAAUUGAGAGUUGUUGAUAUUUAGGGCAUAAAGCUUUACUAAGAAACGCAAUGGGGUGACCUUCUUGCAUUAAAACUGCACCAAUUCCAUUGUGACAAGCAUCUGUUUCUACCACAAACUGUUUGUCGUAAUCAGGAAGAGCAAGCACGGGAGUUGUCAUCAUGGCUUCCUUCAGUUGUGCAAAUGCUGAUGUAGCUGCAGGUGUCCAAACAAAAGCUUUCUUCUUCAGCAUAUUGGUCAAAGGUUUGGCAAUGACUCCAUAGUUGCGCACAAAGUUCCUGUAGUAGCCGGUCAAUCCAAUGAAACCUCUUAACUCAGUGACAUUUGUGGGCUGAGGCCAUUCUUGCAUUGCUUGUGUUUUCUUAGGGUCAGUUGCCACACCACAAUCAGAAAUGAUGUGACCGAGGUAUUCCAAACUACGUUGAGCAAACGAGCACUUGGAGCUCUUCACAUAAAACUUAUUAGCUUGCAGGACAUCCAAAACUUGAGUAAUGUGCUGCACAUGGGAUUCAAGAGAGGGACUGUAGAUCAGUAUGUCAUCCAUGAAUACAAGUACAGAACGGCGCAAGAAUGGACGAAGGACGGUGUUCAUCACACACUGAAAUGUUGCCGGGGCAUUUGUUAAACCAAAGGGCAUGACUUUGAACUGAUAAUGUCCUUGAUGAGUUUUGAAGGCUGUUUUCACUUCAUCCUCUGGUUUCAUUCUGAUUUGAUGGUAUCCUGCUCGUAAAUCUAGCUUGGAGAAGUAUUUGGAACCUACUAAUUCAUCAAGCAACUCAUCUAUCACUGGCAUGGGAAACUUAUUUUUCAUAGUGAGGUCAUUCAGACGUCGAUAAUCGACGCAGAAUCUCCACGAGCCAUCCUUCUUCUGAACCAAGAGGACAGGUGAUGCAAAUGGGCUCAUACUAGGAAUAAUGACACCCGCAUCCAGCAUUGCCUUUACUUGUUUUUCAAUUUCAUCCUUAUGCAACGGAGAGUACCGAUAGGGUCGAGCAUUGACUGGUGCUGCAUUGGGCUUUAGGGUAAUGGCAUGAUCAUAUUCCCGAAUAGGUGGAAGUGUUAUUGGUUCCUGAAAUACAUCGUCAUAUUUUAGCAGUACUUCAGUGACCUGUUCUGGCACCGCAGCGUGAGAUAUCUCCUCCACUAGUUGGACAACAGCCAUGGCCCAAAUAUCAUUUCCUUUUGUCCAUUUCAAGAAUUGCUUUGGUGGCAGCUCAAGCACUUCUUGUUGUGAGGGAGAAUUCACACCUUUAAGAGUGAUUUCCUUUCCGUUAUACUCAAAGGUGAGGUGUUGAUCAACCCAAUUGCACUUCAUUGGUUGCUUCUGUGCUUUAAGCCAAUCCAUCCCAAUGACCGCGUCAUACGCACCCAUGGGCAACACCCGGAAGUUAGCCGUCAAAGUAUGUCCAUUUGCCCACCAUGACAUGUCAGGAAUCCAAGAAUCACACUGUAUAUAUUGCCCAUUGGCCACCCGGACAGUUGAUGUUGGGAUAGGCUGCACCUUGUGUUUGGUCCUAUCCACAAAUGAUGCAUUGAUGAAACUAUGGCUGCUGCCGGAGUCAAUCAGUAGGAGCAUCACCUGGUUAUCAACCAAAGCCCGAACUCGACCUGUAUCCGCUGAUUCCUCCCCAGACAUAGCAUUGAGAGGUAAACUCAUAUGUUCAGCCUCCAGCAUUUCCAAUAUUUCAUCAGAGAGAAAGUUACUUGUUUCUUCUACCUGCAUCCCUUGCAGUUCCGCCAUUUUCUUCCCACAAAUAUGAGUUGGAUCGUACUUCUCGCCACAUUUAAAACACAGUCCAUUGGCACGACGAUAGUCCCUUAACUGUCUGUCCUUCCAGAGUUCAUUUGGCUUGUUAGCAGGGCGAGGUAGAUCAACUUUCAACCCCGCCCCAUCUGCUUUGUUGUAGGUCUGACGGUGUCCCCAUGGUUUGGAUCGAGCUAACACAUCCUGCUGCACCUUCGCUAGCAACAUGGCCCGAUGUAAGGACUCAGAUAGACAUCUUGAAGCGGUUGCAGCGACAAGCAUUUUCUGAUAUAAUGCAGCUGAGGGAGAGACAAGAGAAAGUUGAAAGAGUGCUCACACUGUUCAAAACUAGCAAAAGUGGUCCAUUUGCAGAAGAAACCACCCGGGUCAAGGGCCUUAUCAAUUUUUCUGGUGCUCUAGCACUAAAAGGCAAAGAAGACGUGGCACCAGAUAGCUCAGGAGCAACUUCGGGUAUCAGUUCACAGUUUGCGUUCAAGACCACUGUUCGAAAGAAGGACUCUCUCUUGGCAGAGCUUACCACCGAUUCUAGAUGCUUAUCUCAAGAAAAUGAUCUCAUUGGGAGCCCUCUUGUGUUGUCAAAGGUGAUGUACCUGGCAAAUAUGGGUGACUGCUUGUCUGCUGCAGCCAUACCAGUAGGAGCAAGGUGUGAUGAUUUUUCAACUGAUCCAAGCCUACAAGAGGGGCAUUGGCUUGCCGGUUUCCAUUUCACACUGCGACCACCUUUGCUGCUGAAGCGCCACAAGCAUGCUGCCGGCCUAAUACUGCGGUCACAGAACUUUGCGGCUUCUCUUGCUGAGUUGAUUUCAACAACUGGGAAAAGCUCAGGUGAAGUUGGUAGCAUUUUCACCGGAUUUGGACAAAUUUCAUGCCGGAUGCGUGAUGAAAUAAAGUUGACUAUGUCUGCGGCUUGGCAUGGGCCGUGUCUAAUUCCUCGAAAAAGCAAACCAACUGCUGGAGGGUGCAUCGAUUUGGAACUAAAGAUGGAUGAGGACUCAAGAAUUGGGGCUUGGGUCGAGGUUAAGAAGUCGAACCCGAGGCUACUGAAUUGGGCCUUCACGCUGUCAGAUACACCAGAAAAUGACCUAGGCUGGGGUGUGAGCCUGCGGAGAGUUUCGGAAGGGGCACGGGGACGGAUUCAGCUGGAAGGCUUUCUGAAUUUACAUGUAGGCGAGAAGGCCACCUUGCAGCCUGGUGUCGUGUUCAACUUGAUUGGGAGGAGAUGUGCACCGGCUGUUGUGCUCCAGUCAAGUUGGUUCUUGUAGACAUGAAUGUUUUUAGUGUGCUUCUUCUAAGAUUGUAGAGACGUUUGGUAGAUCAGCAAAUGUAGAAACAAUCAUUUGUAUCAUCACAAAGAAUGACAUUCAUUGUCAUUAUUAUUGUCUACUAUGAUUGGUCUUGUUA